AUGGCUGACCUGAACCCGGAACAGUGGAGCCAUCGCACGGCGCGUAUCAACGGGAUCAACAUUCACUAUGUGCUGGAGGGGGAAGGCGAUCCGGUGCUGUUCCUGCACGGGUGGCCGGAGUUCUGGUACGGGUGGCGGAACCAGAUCAACGCGUUCUCGGGACAGUACCAGGUGAUCGUGCCCGACAUGCGCGGGUUCGGCCACUCGGACAAGCCGUUAAACGGAUACGACACGAAGACUUCGGCGUCUGACAUGUACGAGCUGGUGCGUUCUCUGGGGCACGAGAGCGUCAACAUCGUGUCGCAUGACAUCGGUGCGCGGGUCGGGUUCCGAUUUGCACUGGACCACGAGGAGGCGGUGCGGAAAAUCGCGUUCCUCGACGCCACGCCGCCGUACGAGCAGCUUGGUCCGCAGGUACCGUCGGUGGUACGGGAGCGGUGGCACUCGUAUUUUCACCAGCAGUUCGACCUGCCUGAGAAGCUGCUGGACGGCCGCGAGGAGAUCUACCUGCGCCACAUCCUGAGGGACUGGUGCAUCAACAAGUACCCGCUCACGCAGGAAGUGAUCGACGAGUACGUCAAGGUGUACUCGGCUCCGGGCGGGCUUUCGCGGCGGGUUUAA